UAAUCCUUCAAGUCAGUCGACUAUGGAGGAGACUACUGAUAUGGACCGUGGCGAUACUUCGGACGAAAUAAAUGAAGAAGAAUUUGAUGAUUUGAGCGUGACAAUUGAAGAGCUAGUAUGGGACAUGCAACGGCUACAAGAACUCCAACCAAACGCUGAAGAUGAAGGAGUUAUCGUUAACAGCGCCUCUAGCGGCGACUCUCAAGAAGUUCACUAAACAAUAGUCAAAAGAUGAAGAACCAUUCUGGAUUAUAGUGCGUAAAAUGCUGAUGUAGCCGAAUGAUACUCAAAGUUCUUUUCUUUUCAAUAAAAGGC